UAAGUGAGAAUUAAUGUUGACCGUUGAUGAUGAUAUUUUUUAUUAUUAUAGAUCUGACGGCUGACAUGUACGCGUGUCAUUAAUCUAGUUCCUAUGUUUUCGUUAUUUUUCACUUUUACGCUGCACCCCUCUUUCUCUCUUCUCCAUUGAAGCAUACUCUGAAUUCUCCAUUGAAGCGGCUUCUUUGCUUUCUUCCAUCGAACCAGCUUCUAAGGGAACGGAAUUGAUAUAGGGUGAUGGAAACUACUCAAGUAAAUGUUUCUGAUGAGUUUGAGGAGGGUGCUGUGUCUGAUGGCCAUGGCCUUUAUGAUCAAUUAAUUGGAGAACAUACUGCUGUAUCAAGUUUUGAAUUCUGCUCCAAGGAAAUGGUGCCAUCCUUUGAGAACAAGAAGCAAAGUAAUCCUGGGAAUUUAAAAGAAUUUCCUAUGCAUCUGGGAAUUAGUUGUGAUCCCAGUUUACAAGCUCCAUCUGUUCCUGGUGUGUCAAAGUGUUAUGUAUUCAAGAGCCAAUUACAGGAAUAUGCCCAAAAGGUCGGGCUUCCGACUCCUGUGUAUGAGACAAUUAAAGAAGGCCCUUCACAUGAGCCUUCUUUCAGGUCAACUGUGAUUGUGGAUGGUGUCCGAUAUGAAUCACUGCCUGGUUUCUUCAAUCGGAAAGCAGCAGAACAAUCAGCUGCUGAAAUUGCAUUAAUGGAUCUAUCUAAGAGCGGGGGUAAGAAAGAUUCGAUUGCUGUGCCUGUGCAUGAGACUGGUUUAUGCAAGAAUUUGCUCCAAGAAUAUGCACAGAAGAUGAAUUAUGCAAUUCCUACUUACAUAUGCCGGAAGGAUGACACCCCUGGUAAGACGGCUGUCUUUUCUUGUACUGUUGAGAUAGGGGCAAUUCAGUACAUUGGGGCUGCUGCAAGAAAUAAAAAGGAUGCUGAGAUCAAAGCUGCAAGGACUGCCCUGCUUGCAAUUCGGUCAAGUGGUUCUGUUGGAGGUCAGAAAUUUGACGAUAACCCUCUGUAUACAGUUAUCCCAAGCAAAAGAAAGAUGCAAGAGACAGCUCCUCCACAAAUGGAGACUGUAAAAGUGAAGAAGCCAAAGAAACCCCGUUCUUCAAAGAAGUCGCAUAACCGGAUGCAACCUUAUGAUUCUGAUUAUCAAAGCCAUGCUGGGAUCAUGGGUGUUUUGGUCAGUAAUGAUAUCGGUAUUCCAACUGCCUUUCAACCAUAUGAAAAUGGUUUAUCUGAUGUCCAAGUACCAAAUCAUGGUCAAAAUCCCAAUUGUUUGGCAAGUUCAGAUCAGGAUAAUUUGCCCGUGAAGAAUUGCCAACUUAAUGGUAAAGCAUUUGUUGUUGAAGGUUCUUCUGAUCCUGUAGUCUGUGUGGUUGACUCUGACCCGACCCAUGAUCACAAAAACCCUGAUGUUGGUGACGAUUUGUCUAUGACAACGGGUCCACCCUUGGUGCCAGCUAACAACGAAAAAAUUGAUCAGGGUGUUGGCAAAGUCACCGAUAAUGCACUCCAGUAGCUCCACUUUCUAGGCAAGUUGAGUGCAUUGCCUACAAAUUUUGGGAUACUCAGGAAGAUCCAGCAACUUCAGUGGCAGCUAGAAGCCACAUGGGGGAAGGAAACAAUGCUUGCACAAAUGUACCUUCUGACCGAUAAUAUCUGUAAAUUUUAGUGUGGUUGGAUGAGAUUUUUGUAGGUAGGGAAGGGGGAGUGAGGCAUCUAUUUACCCAUGUCUUGAAAGAGGGGUCCAUUUCCAUUGGGGAUUGUAGAAGUAACCCUAGAUACACUAUUAAUUGAGCA